AUGUACCGCAAGGUCGAGGGGGAAAUUAUUGAAGACGAUUUCUUCUCAGUUCGCAUUGCAAACAUCGAGGCGGAGGCCGUACGCCAGAACAAGGACGCUCUCGCCAUGUAUGGUAUACUAGAAGGUUCCGGUCCACACAUUGCCCCCUUCGUCGAGCGCUCGUUGUCUGGGAACCUCUACAAGUCCACUUUAAACGGGACGGAACAUGGAAUACAGCCUCAAGUCCCUGCCCAGUUCACACAAGCCAUUGUCUCCGUGCGCUAG